UACAGAUCAUUUGUGCACAUAUCGAAUAUUUACUGUACUACCGAUAAGAAGUGACCAGUCCAGGGGAAUAAACAAGGCAACCUCUCACGUAUUAAUUUCAUAUUCAAUAUUCUACCAACGAGUGAAUCCAAUACCUACACGUAUAUAAAAUGGAAAUUUUUAAUGGGAAGAGAAAAAAUACAUUCAUAUAUGUUUAUGGAGGAUAUUCUUAUAACGCAGAUACCAAGAAUCCCAACAUUUACCGCUGUUGUGCGCGCCAAACCCACAAGUGUACAGCUACACUCCUUCAAAGAAAUGAACAAUUUUUUAUCCAAAAACCACACACACCCUAAUAAUCCACAAUGUGCAGAAGUGUUAAAAUUGAAGUCGAUGAUGUUAAAGGAAUGUAGAGAAAAUCCUUGCAUAAAUAAUAAGGAGAUUUUUGAUAAUAUUUGUCGUACAAAUCCUGAUGCAGCAGCAUAUAUUUCAUACAAUAAUAUGAAAUCUAUUAUGUUCAGAGAAAAGGUAAAAUCUCGACCACCACUUCCUAAAACUGUACAGAGUGCGCAUGAAAUGCUUGAAAAUUACAAUGUCUUGAAAGACAUUUAUAAGGGAUGUGCAAUUUCAAAUGAAAGUAAAUAUGCCCUGAUUUUUUCAAACAUUGUACUACUAAGUGCAUUAGAAAAUGCCAACGAAAUUUACAUGGAUGGUACCUUUUCCGUUGUGCCACAAAUGCCUGUUUUUCAUCAGCUGUAUACUGUACAUAUACGGUACACUGACACGGAAAUCGCUACUAUUUUUGCUUUAUGUGAGUGCCGUACCUCAUCAAUGUAUAAAGCAAUAUGGCAAAAGAUAGUGUCUCUUGCUCCACGAUUGCAAGACAAUUUAGAAAUUGUCAUGUGCGAUUAUGAAAAAGCUGCUAUGGAAGGGAUACAAGUACAAUUCCCUGCAGUCAUUAUACAUGGCUGUUGGUUCCAUUUUAAUCAGGCUCUAUUAAGAAAAUGGAGAAAGUUAGGAUUAGAAGGAGCACAAGACGUGAUUCUCUCAAUGGCAAUGACAAUGCCCUUAGCUCCACCCGAUAUGUUUCCACAAGCAUUGAAUCAAAUACAGUUAGUCGCUGAUCGGUCCGCUGCCACCUUCCCAAAUGUUUAUGGUGUAUCUACGCAAUGUGUCGCUACCUAUUGCUUCAAAGGUCAGCGUAUAUGGCUCUGCAGUGAGGACUAACAAUAUUGUUGAAUCCUUCCAUAAUACUCUAUCACAACGAUUCCAAACAACGCGACCAGAUUUAUGGAUUUUUUAGAUAAUUUAUCAAAACUAAUUAAAGAUGAAACUAUUAAUUACGAACGUUUGAUCAAAAAUUUAAAAAUCACGCGAAUUCGUACUCGAGUGAAUAGAGAGAAGAAUGCUAAAAUUAGGUUAGCUCCAGAGAAUUUAGUCUGGGAUUUUAUCAGUGGAACAAUUUUU